AGUGCCAUCUUUGUUCACUAAAGAAAAAUCUCAGUAGUUGAAAAGAGACCACAGAAUGUUUUAGAUGUCAACUUCGGAUUGUAUGAUAUUUGUUAACUGUCAAUAAUACCACUUUUCUAUACUCUAUGGUGCCUACCAUUAAAAAAAAUCUAUGGUCCACGCAGAAUCUCAAGCAUAGAUAAAAUAUAUAUGGUCCUAGGGCUCUCCACUACUCAGUGUUGUUAUAUCAAAAGUUUUUCCGCGAUAUUGGUAGAAAUAUUUUUAGGAGAUAAUAAUUAACGCCAAUUAAUUUCACAAUUUGACAGUAAAUUUACUCAAAAAAAAAAAAGAAUACAAAAAGCUCCGGUACUAAAAUACAGCUCUUCUAAGUAGGUGAUAUAGAUAAUUCACCGCACUUUUAAUACCAUCUCUUUGAAUAUAGGGAUGCAACGAUAUAUAGGAAAUAUAUAUAUAUAUUUAUAUCGACGCACAAAACUAUCAAAUAAAUCUAUAAUUUUUUUUUUGUGAGUAAAUCAUAAAUGAGCUUAUUUUGAGUUGUGGCAAAUUUUAUCUGUCAAAGGGGAAAUUCAAAAUGCAUACCUGAUAUCCCUAAACUUAUGUUUGCCGUACUUGUAAAUCUUAAAAAAUUGUUUGGAGAUUUUGAGUGAUUUCGAGAUUGAAAUUGUAAAGAUAUGGCUUUAUUUCAAACGUUGAAUAGAGCAUAAAUAGCUAUCAAUAAAUUAAAACUAUGUGAUGACAAUUCGACCUGAAAAGAAGAACUCUGAUGCUUAGCAUCUGUAUUAAUUAGUUUGUGAUCUGAUUAUAUUUUAAUAUUUUUAAUUCAGCUCUCAUUUUGGUUGCUUCCUCGUUUAUUUGAAUAUAAGUAACUCAUUGUCUAGCACAAUGUCCAACGUAAGCUACGAUUUGGACACUUCUGGUGGUCUUAUGCCGCUUAUAAGGGCAUUGAUAAAACCUCCAGACGAAGAUGCGAAUGCUCAGAAACCCAAAAAGCCACAGCACCCCUACUAUAAGAGGCCAGGAAAAGGUCAUAAUCACGACUCUUGUGAUGCUUGCGGUGAGGGCGGCGACCUUAUAUGCUGUGACCGUUGUCCCGCCAGCUUUCAUCUUGGUUGCUAUGACCCACCGUUGGAUGAGCAGGACAUUCCUGCGGGAUUGUGGCUGUGUCGUGAGUGCCGAGCCUCUGAUGCGGAGAAACCACCCAGUUCACGUGGCAGUCGACCACAGUCUCCGAUAGAGUCUAAUGACAGGAAGACUAGAUCUCUUCGCAAUAGCCGAGCGAAUUCAGCAAAAAAGAAGAGCAAAGAGGAUGAAGAAGAGGAUAAAAAAGAAAUUGAGGAGUUAACUCCUAUGGAGAUUCUGGUGAAGGCAGCACGUAUCAUGAACCCGCGACAAUUCGAGCUGCCGAGGGAGAUGAGAGUACCCUGCCUCUUCCCUGGCACUGAGAAAGUGAGCGUGGACUCGUGGGGCUGCGUGCCGCUGCCGGCCAAGCUCUGCUUCGUGUGCGAGGGCACCUGCAAGGCCGCGCCGCUGCUGCAAUGCGACUACUGCCCGCUGCUCUACCACCAGGCCAGUCUAUAUAUAUACACACUCGCUAUACUUACGUGUUACGGCGAAGAUCAUCUGGAAGAUCAUUACAGAAAACGAAAAUUCAUCCCUAGAAUAUUACGCGAGGCUCUUGAAAUUAAAAAACAUGUGGAUUUUAAUAGAGAUGAAAGUUGGCAUAGACCACCGGCUUGGGAUCCAAUAAUUAGUCUAAUAAAAUCUCAAUCCAGUUCACAAGUUUCAUUCUGUAAAUAUUAAAUCAAAGGAAACAACUAACUUUUCUUAUCGGAGUUUGUUUUGCCAGUUUUUCUCAGACAAGACUCCCAAAGUUGGAACUUGUGGUAGAUACGGUAGCUAGGGGUAAAUAAAUGAGUCAAAUGUAUUUUAAAAAAUAAUAAAUUUAAUAAAUGUAAAUGUUGCCUUUUUUUUUUGUAUUGUGAAUGUGUCCCAUAAUUUUGAAGGUAGCUCUACUCUGAAUUAAAAAGACAACCUUAGUCUGAAACUGUUUAAAAGUUGUUUCAUUUAUGUCAUAUACAGGAUUGUUUGGACCCUCCACUGACGGCAUUGCCAACCGGACGCUGGAUGUGUCCCAAUCAUGUCGAGCAGUACAUUGACUGGAAGUUGGUUAACUCCGUAUCGGCGACGGAGCGCGUGGCGCUGUGGGAGAAGUUCUCGGGUCCGGUGGACCAGCACGCCAUCAAGAUAGACUUCAUACGGCGCGCUCGGGCGGCCGCGCCACUGUUCAGGAUGAAGGUGCCGGGGUGCGGGGGCGGUGGGGGCGGGGGCGGGGGCGGGCGCGUGGCGGUGCCGGGCAUGGUGCGGCGCCACUACCGGCGCCCGCCGCCGCUGCUGCCCGCGCGCCGCGAGCACGUGCGCUGCGCCAACGUGUUGAAAAGGUUAAAAGAAAGCGAGGAUUACUCCGAAGUGGGAGGGGAGGAGGACGGUCCCAAGCAUCAGAUAUGUCUGAACCUGGAGUGCCCGCAGUACAAGAGCGGGCGGGAGUGGGCGCCGUGCCCGCACUCGCUGCGCGCGCGUGACGUCACCGGGUACGGGCGCGCGCGUGACGUCACGCCUCCGCGGGCGCGCGGCGGCCACGUGCCCACCGACGGCGGCUCCACGUCACAGGUGGCCACACCACAUAUGCUCCGUUUAUAUUGUCACUAUUUUGACACUUCAUAUAGUUCCUUUAAUAACCUUAUGAUACAAUAUAUUCGACAACAGGAAGAGAAGCACACGGAGUCGUCGAGCGAUCUGUCCGAUUCGGACUUCGAGUACCUGACGGCGUCGGUGAAGCGCAGGAAGGUGUCCCCGAAGCGGGCGGCGCGCGUGGAGCUGCGGCCGGACGAGGACAUCGACGAGCUCCUGGACUGCGUGGACUCGCAGCUGGCCCAACUGGACCACCGCCUGGUGCGCCUGCUGGCCUGGCAGCGGCUGCAGCAGUCCGACUCUAAGAAUUCGAUCGGCGGGUUCUCUAAAUAUUCGAAGGGGACAUGUAAACGCUCGACCGCGUCGAUGAUACGAAAUAGGAACGGGGCUCGAUAUAGAGUAUCGGCUAACACGUGUGCGCGCGCGCAGGUGCUGAUGGGCGAGCUGGCGGGCGGGUGGGGGCUGCGCGCGGGCGUGGGGGCGCGCGUGGGGGGCGCGGUGCGGCGCGCGGUGGCGGGGGCGCGUCUGGCCCGCGUGGGGGCGCGCCUGCCCUCCGCGCUGCUCACGGCGCGCGACCGCCGCCGCAUCGCCACCGCCGUGUGGGGGCCGCCGCCCGGCGCCGCCCCCGCCCCCGCCCCCGCCCCCGCGCCCCUGCGCCCGCUGCACCCCGACGCGCUCGUGCGCGCCACGCUCACGCGCGUGCACGAACACGACAGGAACGGCGCGGGCGACUCCGUGGGCGAGGUGGUGCCGAUGCGCGGCGCCUCGCUAGUGGUGGGCGCGGGCAGCGGCUGCCGCGUGCGCCUGGAGGGCGGCUGCCCGCGGGUCUCCGCCCACCACGCCACCAUAUUCAUGGACGAGGUGCUGACAAUGUUCCGACCGCGUUGCUGACUUUUUUAUUUAUUCAUUUAUAGUUAGGUACACGAACAGCAAACUGUUCUGGUUUUGCUGUACGAU